UUCAUUGUAUACUUCGUAAUGUUUUGAAUGUAGGGCGGAAGAUUAAGUGAUUUUUAUCCCCUUUCCUAUUAUUUUUUGUAUUCCUCACAGGUGUUUAUGAUUUUUUAAUAAGUACUUUGAUUUUCCUUGUUGUUUGUUACGCCAUUUUUGGUAAGAAAUAUGUGAUAUUUAAAUGCUUAUCUUUGGACGAUGUACCCCCUAUGCAGUUUUCAUGGAGAAAAUCCGAGUGCUAGCUGUCAAAGGUAUUUCAUCUUAUUAUGAUGCUUCGGUACUUAGAGGGCGAUUGUGCAUGCUGAAAAAAUGUCUUAUCCUAAUUCCAACGCCUAUACAAAUAAGCCUCCUCCUGUAGCAAUACCACCGAAAAUACGAAGAGAGCAGAGGCAUUGGUCUCAAAGUAUUAAUGAGACCGUAGUGUCCACGGGGACAGGACAGGAGGAUGGAUUAGGGAUCACGUUGUGCGGUGGGGCGGAUAAUGGACAGUUCGUGUGGAUAGAGACUAUAAAGUCUGACCAGCUUACAUAUCAUAGUGGAAAACUUUACACCGAUGAUCUGAUAUUAGAAAUACAGGGACAGAAAAUUGCAGGAUACACCUUGAGAGAUGCUAAUAUUUGGUUAAAACAGGUCAGCCAGAAUGGUGCACCUGUAAUGAUAAAAAGUAUUAAAAUAGGUUUACUGCCAAAAGAUCUACGUCAGUUUUUGACAUCAAGAUUUCCAAAGGGUUCUGUUGACCAUGAACUACAGCAGACAAUUCGUGAUAAUUUGUAUCUUAGAACUGUUCCUUGUACCACUAGACAACCAAGGCCAGGGGAGGUUAAUGGAGUGGACUACACAUUCCUGUCUAUGGAAGAGUUUAAUCAGCUGGAGAAGAGUGGCUGCCUGCUAGAGAGUGGAUUGUAUGAUGGAAACCACUAUGGUACCCCCAAGCCCCCUAGUGAACCAAAGGGAGCUAAUCUUAGGAGGUCCACUUCAAUGGGAGCACCAUUGCCGACUAGUGGUGAUGGCAAACGUCGCAGAAACAGAAGCAAUACCGAGGGUGGCUCGGCUCGUACUUCACCAGUUCCCUUCCAGUUUGAUGGGGAACGCAAGAAGUCCAUGGAGAAAUUGCAGCUUGAUGCUUCAUUAGGUGUAUUACCUCACAACUGGGAGAAGGCAUACACAGAAGAUGGCACUGCUUAUUAUAUUGAUCACAGCUCAGAAACAACUCACUGGUUGGAUCCCCGUCUAGCAAAGCUACAGAAACAACAGGCAGGGGAUUGUCAGGAUAAUGGUACUCAUACAUAUCCGCGCUACAAGCGAACAGAGCUUCCAUAUGGCUGGGAGAAAGUGGAGGACCCCCACUAUGGAACUUAUUACAUAGACCAUGUAAACAGAAGAACUCAGUAUGAAAAUCCUGUGGCACAGGCUAAACGACAAAACCAGGGCACUGAUGUGAUCAGCACACUACCUCGAACCAAGAAAAGCCAGGAUACAGCUAACACCACGAAACGCUCCAUCAGCGACAACAACAUGAAUGGGAGAGCACCGCCUGACUACCAUCAGCUGGGCAGGGGAAACAGAAAAAGAGAGAGACGGGUCUUUACCAAGAACCCUGCUGAGUUGAAAGGGGAGAUAAUCACUACAACGUUAGUAAAAAGCACCAGGGGCUUUGGGUUCACCAUUAUUGGGGGAGAUCACACAGAUGAAGAAUUCCUACAAAUCAAAAAAGUGGUAGAAAAUGGACCAGCGCAUCUUGACGGCACCUUACAGACGGGUGAUGUUCUGGUGAAUGUGUGUGAUCGUUGUGUGUUAGGAUAUUCUCAUCAGGACAUUGUUAAUCUGUUUCAAACAAUCCCCGCGGGACAGAGUGUUACAUUAACUGUGUGUCGAGGUUAUCCCUUGCCAUUUGACCCCGACGACCCCAACACAGAGAUCAUUGUGACUGUGGCAGUGACCUUACCUAAUGAUUCUAAUGUUAAUCAGUCUCCGCCAAGUUACUCCUAUUUUCAGGAGACACACGGACAUCAUGAUCAGCACAACACGUCAGCGAAGAGCAUGAAAUCUUUGCCCGAUCUGACACGAUCAGCUAAUAUACCGCUAAGUCCUAAUUCCCAGAGUCAACCCAAUGGAACCGGAGAUGCACCGGAUGUGCUGGGUAUUCAGAAACCAGAAAUUCUUUCUAUUAAUAUUGUGAGGGGGGAGAUGGGGUUUGGGUUUACAAUAGCAGACAGUGUGUAUGGACAGAAAGUGAAACAAAUUCUGGAUAAACCCCGCUGUAAAAACCUCCAGGAGGGGGACAUUUUAGUGAAGAUUAAUGACACGAAUGUUCAAGAAAUGGUACAUUCGGAUAUUGUACAGGUGUUAAAGGAGUGUCCUAAAAGUGUAGAGUCCAGGAUAACUAUCCAAAGAGGAGGACUUCCCGCUAAAGUGAAGAAAGCGUCACGAUCUUCACCUCGUUCAUUGGAGGAAAGCAAGGCAAAUAAUGCUUCAGACACAAGUUUUAGCAGCAAUAACCCACCCGGACAUUACUUCUUCGAAAACCAUUCCCACAAUACAGAUAAACGUGAUGCUUUUGAUGGAAUGGAACCACCUCCUCGACCCAAAACGCCCUCCUCAGAAUCUCGACCCAAAACACCAUCAUAUUUCGAAAAUCGUCCAAAAACACCAACAAGAAAUACAGGAAUGUUUGUGAAUGACCAACGAGCAAAACCCCCAAUCGCUAGGCCACCACCUAGGAAUGAGGAUUACAACAAAAAUUCAGCCAAUCAGGAUUUAAAUAUAAGUCACGGAUCAUCAGAAUUUUACUUACCGCCUUCAAAUAAUGAUAUGUCUCGUCCUCCAACAGGGUCAAGAUUUGACCCCAGAUCUGAUCAUAGACCUUAUAGUAGAUAUCACGAUUCAGGGAACAGUCGCAGUAAUUUUCAUGACAGAGACAGAGAAGGAGGGGCAAAACCUGGAAUGUUUAGGAGUCGGACUCCAGGGCCUGAAAUGAUUAACCGGGGGUCAGAUUAUAGGAAUGAAUUUCAGAGACCAAAAACUCCAACUGCUCAAGACAUGAGAAGUAAGACUCCAUUACCAGGUCACAGUUAUGGGUAUUCAAACUCAAACCAUGAUUUUGGUGGUGGGCAUUAUCAAAAUGUUAUGAAUGGACGACCAGGAUACGGAAACAAUCAAAGGUCAUGGGGACAGAAUCCUAAUUUACCAACUUCCCCUCCACCAUUACGGCGAGGGGAUACAGUGAAUAGGAAUAAUGUGAACAAUGUCUCUCAGUGGAGGGACGGACUACCACCCCCUCCCCGACAGAGCACAUCUUUUGAGGAUGUGAACCCCUUCCCAAGUAACAUUACACAGGUCCCUAAACGAUUCCCCAUGCAGUCUCAUUCCUCUUUUGGGAGUGCGGGACAGUCAAGAUUUGGGACCAGGUUCCCCGACUCAGAUGAUCCGAUUCAUAGUAUGGAGUUCACUAUCACACUCCAGAAACAAGAGGCAGGGUUUGGUUUCCGAAUUAUUGGGGGCACAGAGGAAGGCUCACAGGUUUCUGUGGGACAUAUUGUACCAGAUGGAUCAGCCGAUUUGGAUGGUCGUUUGCGGACAGGUGAUGAAAUCACACAUGUCGAUGGUCAGAACGUCAUUAAUUCCUCACAUCAUAGGGUGGUCACUUUGAUGACUCAGGCAGGUCAGCGAGGUCAUGUGACACUUGGGGUCAGGAGGCGGGUAUUAGGAGAUUCUGGCUAUCUAUCCUUAGGACACUCAGAUAUCUAUCCAUAUGACGUCCUGGUGACGCGAAGGGAAACAGAAGGGUUUGGAUUUGUCAUUAUCUCCUCCAUUUCCAAGAUGGGCUCUGUGAUAGGUGAGUGUAUCGACCGAGUCAAUGACUGGUUAGAUAGGAAAAAUCUUUAUCCAUGGAUUGGUAAAAUCAUAGAGAACAGUCCAGCAGAGAGAUGUGGCAGGCUUCACAUAGGGGACAGAAUCCUGGCCGUAAACGGCGUGGACAUCUCACACAUGCAUCAUGAAGACAUCGUUAAUCUCAUCAAAGAUUCGGGCUACUCUGUCACUCUGACAGUGGGGCCUCCCAUAGAUGAUGCUGCAAGUAACUCAUCAAAUUCUCAAAAGAGUCCUCAGGGGUCCUUGGUAAAUGCCAUGGCUUAUCCAGCUGUCCCUGACAGUGAACUGAGAAGGUUCCCCCCUCCUCCCUCCCCAGCAGACAGGGGCUAUAAGGACAUAAACAGACAGCACAUGUUCCCCAAACAUCAAAGUUCAGAUGAAGGGGAGUACUAUGUAGAAUUGCCAAGGGGCUCCCGAGGGUUUGGUUUCUCAAUACGAGGAGGACAGGAAUUUAACUGCAUGCCUCUGUUUGUUCUGAGGAUCGCUGAAGGAGGAUCCGCGGAUCUAGACGGAAGACUCCGGGUGGGUGACCAGAUACUCGAAAUUAAUGGCUACAAAACAGAAAGUAUGACACACUCUGAUGCUAUAGAUAUUAUACAAAAUGGCGGCCAAACAGUUCGUCUGCUGGUCAGGAGAACAGGAAAACUGCCACCUGCAUUUGAGCCUAGUCCAGUGGGUGGAGGGUAUUCACCUUCAAACAACGUACCAAUGACAAAUGGUCCUAUAGGUCAAAGUUCACCAUAUCUUGGUCGCCGCAACAUUGACAUGAGAGAACCAAACUAUUUUGGUUACCAAGGAAAUAGGCAGUAUUCAGGUUGAAGGUAGAGAAAGGUGUACAUUUGUAAUAUGGUGCCAAAACCAAAAACAGUGACCAGCCGGGGAAAGAAAAUGGCCAGAUGAUUCUUGACUGCGCACACCCUGGACAAGAGAUGGAGAUUGUUAAGUGUGAUACAUGGUUGAUAUUACUGUAUGUGAUAUUUCUUAGGUUGUUCUUUUGACGAUAUAAAAAAAAAACCCAUCUGCGGAGAUGAUUAACUGUGUAAGCUAUUAACAAGGAGGAUUUUUUUUUUGCAUUUCUUUAAUACAGUUCUUUCGUAUUUUGCCAUUGAUUAUACAUACUAGCAUUGUUGUUAAUUGACAUUUACAUUACAUUAAUCAAAUUCUUGUCAGUUGAGUUGCAUUUACGUCUGUCAGAUUUUUGUUGGAUUGCAUUUGAUGGGAGAGCACAUUGUAUACAGUAAAGCAAAGAUUAGCUGCAGCAUUAUCUUCAGGGUUGAUGAUUGCAACUAGCAUCUUUUUUGUCGUUGGAAGCUCACAGUUUUCGUUUAAUUGUUUUGUUACUAAUUCUGUUGUUUCUAUAAGCUCUAAUGUCCAUGCAGAAUAUCUGAAAUCUGUUUAAUGUAUUUUGUGUGAAACAGAGUGUGAAAAUUUUAAAGCAAUAUCUCCAGUUAUUUAAUAUUUACUAACUUCUUUCUCGCUUUUGCAGUUUGGGACAUAUUUCUUGAGAUUUUUUUUAAAAACUAGGGUAUUAAACUUAUUAACUUGAAUGAAUUAAUUUUAAUUAAUAUUAAUUGUCAUCAGAUGCAAGUUUUGACAGAACAGUGAUACAAAAGGCUCUUUUAAUGUAGCCUCAAUUAACAUUAUCUUUAAAGUUGUAAAUAUAUCUAUCUAUUACGAUUAACAUACUGAUGGGGCCAGUUUUAAAUCUGUGUAUAUAAAGAUGUGUAUUCCGAGAUGGGGUAGUAAUUUAUAGUAUCUUGGUAUUUCUUAUUUAAAUAUAAAACAUAUCAGCAGGGCAUACAGUUGUAAUGGUAAAUGCCCUUCAGUAUGCAAAGACUAAAUUGAGAUUUUUUUUUUUAGGUAUCUGUGAAUGGUCUUGAAUAUGCACUCUGAUACAUAUUGUGGUAUUGUGAAAUGCCAUAUUUUUUGGUGGCUUCAGUUUUUUUUUUUUAUCUUUUAAGUACUUAUUUUGCCGUUCCUAGAACACUUUUUUCGUUUUGCUGCUGAUUAAGUAUUUUUGCAAUAAUAUCUCUUUUAACAAAAUCAGUUGUUGUGUAAGCCUUUUGAAGGCCUUCAUUUUUUUUUUUCAGAAGUUUGCUUCGAUAUACCAGUAAAACUUGUUCAGCUAUUAAUAGUGCUUAAAUGUACAUGUGUAUAUAUAUAUAUAUUUUAUACUUUUACAGUACAAUCUAUAUUAUAACAAUAUGAAGGAAAUGAUUGAAAUCAAAUGAAAACUUGAAACAUCUUGGAUACACACUCUUAAGUGAUAUCAAAUCUUGCAAUCAUUUUGCUGCUCGACCCAAGUAGAAAUUGGAACUUAUACUUCACACAUUUAUGUCAUACCCCUAACUACAUAGAAAUUGUAUAUACCUUAAAAAAACAGUUCAUUGAUUUUUAUUUGUGUAUUUUUUUUCUCCAAAGACAAACCUAACAUAUAUUUAUAUCCAUUGAAUUUUUAAUGAAAUCUGAAAUACAUGUAUUAUUGCAAUACAUAUACAUUUUCUGAACAAUAUUGUUAGUAAACAGUGUUCUUAAUUAUUCAAUUAAUCAUUACAUGAAUGAGAGAACAACUUAGACAUAGAUUUCCUUUCAGACAGUGCAAGUUGUUCCAUUGAUUGUCAGUUGUAAAUUUAUCAUAUAUGAAUGUUAUAUCAUUAAUUUAUCAGUGAUGUUGCUUAUCUACAUUAUACAUAUAUAAGUCUUGUUUUAAUGCAGUAUAAAAUAUAUAGAUUUUUACACAAUAUAUACAAUGUUUAUUUCAUUAUUGGUAAAUAUUAAGAUAAAAGUGUAAGGUUGUCAUUGUUAUAGGGCUUUAGUUAAGGUUGUAUGAAAUUUAUUUAUAGUAUUUUGCCUUCAAAUUGAAAAAAAAAAAAAUGUCAAAUUAUCGACCAUCUAUUUCAGAUUGUUAAUGUAUUUUUACAUAAUCAUUAUAUUGAGAAGAGACAUUUUGUUAUUUGAUCAAAAUUUUCAAAUAUCAUCGUAAUUUUUUUUUCCAGUAACUUUAUGCAAUGACUUUUGUCGUAUUUAGUUUUAUUUUUUACCUUAUUUAAUCAUACAGUAUAAUCCCUGUUUUCUAAUUUGGUCAUUGUUAACGGCAGCACUGUGUCAUUGCUAGAUAAAUCGUACAGCAGUUGAUGUUAUACAGGUAGUGAUGUAAAUAUAUAAUACAGUAUGUACAGUUAACUAGAUCAUAAUGUACAAAAUUAAUUUCACUUGUACAGGUCAAAAAAUAAAUUUGUUAUAAUGUGGAA